AUGAACAAGAAUUCACCUUAUUCUAUUUGGGUUGCAAAUAGAGACAAUCCGAUCAAUGACACCUCUGGGAUUCUCUCCAUCGACAAAACAGGAAACCUCGUUAUACACAAUGGAAAUGAUAGCAUCCCCUUUUGGUCGACAAAUGUCUCUGUGGCACCUCCGGCGAACACUUGUUCAGCUCAACUGUUGGAUUCAGGAAAUUUGAUUUUGCUUCACAAAAGUGUUGUUGCAUGGCAAGGCUUUGAUCACCCUACGGAUACUAUGUUUCCCUUAAUGAAAAUUGGGGUGGACCGGAGGACCGGUCUGAACCGAUUCCUGAUGGCUUGGAAGUCACCUGAUGACCCAGGAGCCGGAGAGUGUCUGUAUAAAAUGGACCUCAAUGGGUCUCCACAAUUCUUCUUGUCUAAGGGUUCGGUUCGAUUAUGGCGAACCGGACCGUGGGAUGGGGAUAAAUGGAGUGGCAUUCCAUCAAAGCCCACAUAUUUCGUGUUCAACAUCACUUAUGUUGAUAAUGAUGACGAGGUCUUCGUUAUUCUCAGCAAUAAUGCAUCGAUUCUAUGGAGAUUCGUCGUGAACGAGUCUGGAACCUUAGAAAUGUUUGAUUGGCUCGAGGGAGACUGCAGAUGGGUUGGGUUCUGGUCAACCCCCAAGGAUGGUUGCGACUCUUAUGGUACUUAUGGUACCAGUGCUAUGUUCGGUAAUUGUAACCCACCCAGUGAUGGGAAGUUUGAAUGUACAUGUCUACCCGGUUUCGAACCCAAAAUUGCACACGACUGGUCCUUGUGGGACGCGUCAGGCGGGUGCGUGAGUAAACGCGGGGGAGACACGUGUCGAAAUGGAGAGGGGUUCGUGCUAAUGAUACAUUCUAACAUUCCCUAUGCAACAGUGACACGUGUGAAUAUAAGUUGGAGUUUGAAAGAGUGCGAGGAGGUGUGCUUGAAAGAUUGUUCUUGUAAUGGUUACACGAGUGCAGAUAUAAGAGGAGGAGGGAGUGGGUGUGUCACUUGGCACAGUCAGUUGAUGUAUACAAGAGUGUUUUCGGAUGGGGGUCAGGAAAAAUACAUUCGUGUUGAUGCAGUUGAAUUAGAGUCACGGUUCCUAAAAAAGACACUCUUUUUCGGACCGUGGAAUAGGGUUAAGUAUAGUGGCAUUCCACUGCAAACAUCAAAUUUUGUGUUCCGCACCACUUAUGUUGACAAUGAUGAUGAGGUUUUCAUAAUUGGUAGCAAUGAAUCGGUUCUAUCGAGUUUCGUCAUGAAUGAGUCUGGAACCGUUGAAGUACAUAAUUGGCUCGAGGGAGACCACAGAUGGGUUGGGUAUUGGUCAGCCCCUAAGGAUCGGUAUGACCCUUUUGGUCCUUAUGGUACGUGUGGUUUGUUCGGUAAUUGUAACCCACCCAGCGAUGGGAAGUUCGAAUGUACGUGUCUACCAGGUUUCGAACCCAAGUUUGCAAGUGACUGGUCCUUGUGGGAUGCGUCAGGUGGGUGCGUGAGGAAACACGGGGGAGACACGUGUCAAAAUGGAGAGGGUUUCAUGCCGUUGACACAUUCUAACAUUCCUUAUGCAACAAUGACACAUGUGAAUAUAAGUUUGAGUUUGAAAGAGUGCGAGUAG